AUGAAACCAUCGGUGAUCAACCUCGUCACUCCUGUGACAGCCGAGAACUCGAUUCUACCGAAUCAGAUCUCGCACGCAAUUGAGAGACCUCAUUUGCGAGUUCGGGUAAAAUCUAAAGAUUUCCCGAUUACCUCGACACCGAUCAGUCGGAAAUCUCCGACGCAAACUGUGUCAACAUCGUUUGCCUUGGCUCGACCGAAUCCGGACGACCAAGCCCGAAUCAAGCGAAUGCUCACCGACCUGAUUAACAGUCAAUACGACCAAAAAAUCAGCUCGACUCUUCACCAAUCUACGAACCUAACAGCUCGUCGAAACGGGAUGAGCGCCACCGCGUGCUCCUGUCAUCCAGACUCUCAUCCCACCGAUGACUCGUUAAACAGCUCGUCGAAACGGGAUGAGGCGCCACUGCGCGCUCAUGUCUUCCAGACUCUCGUCCCACCGAUGAGCUCGCCAAUGAGCAGCUUGAACAUUCCAGAUUCAAGCAAAUCGGAGAUAGGAUCUCAGCCAACAGAGCGACUUCCAUCUCCACCUCCAAAGCUAUCACGUGUCGAGCCAACUAUAUUUAGAUGGCCCGAAACUAUGGCUUCCAACUCAAGCUUGCAGGCGAUGUCUCAGCUCAAAAAUCAGUCCGAUGAAAUUUUGAGCUCGCAGCUCCCUGCAACAGCUCGAACUGUUGUGAACGGAAACUAUCAACAGUUUCCCGCAACAAAUGAUCUAGUCGAUCGAGCUCAAUUUCAUAGAGCAAACGAUCCGACAGAUCUAGCUCGAUUGACAAAAGCAAACAACUCGUCAAAUCAAGCUCUAUCCCAUCCGAUUUCAACUAACCGGAUUCCUGUCGAUCCGCGAAACCUUUUGGACGCGAAUCUUUCGAAAGAUAUCGACAAAGUAAUCAGGGAGACACAACAAACUCCCUUCUCAUCCAGGAUCGCUAACACCUGUCUGCGCGAUACUUACAAGCUAUGUAUCCCAGAAUACUCUGGUAACAGCGAUCCACGAGCUUAUAUCCGAGCUCUUUAUCUCGAAAUACUUCGAGCUCAAUUUUCUCCCGAAGAGAUAGAAGCAGCUUGCUGCCAACUCUUUGUUGAAAACCUAGCCGGACCAGCUAAAAAAUGCUCCAAACGAAUCACUUCGAUCUACGUCAAUAGAUUCAAAGAAAUCAUUGCUAAGAUCGAAAACCCUAACGAGGCAGUAGCUCUACUAGCCUUCCGAAACAACCUGUGGUACAAAUCAAAAUUCAGAGAAGAACUAAUCGUUCGACCUCCUGUAUCACUCGACGAUGCACUUCGCUGCGCGUCAACCUUUGCUACUCUUGAAGAGGAGAUCAAUCUCCUCCUAGAAAGACAUCGCAAAGGAAGAUUACCGCAACACUCUCUUUCAUUCGCGAACUCAGUUCUCAAACCGAACCCGAGUUCCGAUUUAGAGAAGUUCUGCGAACAUCACCAAAUCUACGGCCAUUCCACCGACGAAUGCCGAGCUAGAGCUAAGGAAUUAGCUAAAAAGCAGAGAGCUGAGGCAAAGAUGGAAAAAGCAAUCAGCCCUCAUCUCACGAUAACGACAAAGCAUCCCGAAAAAGGGAACGCGAAGUCGGAAUCAUCUCCCAAGAAUCACCUCUUUCAUAAGAAACGAUUCGACUCGACCCAGUGUUCAGAGAGCUCAGCUCACGCCGCAGCUCAAUGA